AUGCACGUCUCCCCCUCCCUGCAUCCCUUCAUGCGCGCCCUCUCCGUUGCGAGCCCCCCGUUUGCCACUGUGGCGCAGAGCUUUGCGCCAUCCGCUGCGUCGCCCCAGUCCUCCUUCGCGAACUACACCGACCAGACAAACAGUACAACCUCCAACGCGCCCCUCAUCGAUGGAAAGCCGUUCGAGGGCCGCUUCAUCCAGAUAUGGGCUGUGAACACCAAUUACAAUGACACGAUAGCGUUUUCACCAGCGUUUCGGAAUUUGAGCACGGACGAUACUGAGACGUAUACAAUCGAAAACCGCAUCUACGAGCACUACUACGCGCAGCGCUCCCUUGAAACCAACUAUGGCAAAAACGCACUCAACGUUUUCGCCGUCGUUCCUAACGCCUCUAAGUGGACCAAUCACGAUGUCUGCGACGACCCCUUCCCGUUGCUGAACCCUAUGGGCACGAUACCGGGUCCCCUCAACGUAGCGCUCUACCAGCCACUUGCGGGCUUGAGCGCUUCCGAGUCUGGGGACAGCCUCGGCGACGGCGGGCCCGUGUUCGGCACCCUAGGGGUAAACAGCGCGCUCGCAGCCGCCGCGCUGCUGCCCUUGUCAGUCAACCUGACGGCGCAGGGCAAGUCGGAUCUAUGGAGGCAGUACUCACGCUCCGCGAAUGGGGCUAGAGUCAUCAGCCCACCCGCGCUAUCUGAGGCCGAGUCGGGGUGGAAUGAAGAGGGCCGGCAGGCCAACGAGGCGCUCGGACUCUGGGAGGGAGAUGGGUUGGCGGUUGGUUUCCUUGUGGUGGUGGUCGUUGCUGGCGUGAUAACUGUUCUUGCGGGCAUUCCCUUUUCGCUAGACGACCUGUCCGAGCAACGCUCGUUUUGA